UCACGGUCACGCGUUGAUUGAUCUCUAAAGGAUUUACGAUGUGUAGGCUACCUGUAAGCUCGAACUAAGCAAAAAAAAAAAAAAGAGUGUAUACCAUUAUGACCAUGAUGUAGCGCUAUGUCUCGUGUAGAUGUGAUCUUCUGGUGUCAACUUGAUCAUAUGGUGUUGUUUAUUUACACACAAGUUGUUAGACUUGAAAGUCACGUGACAAAAGCUUUCUUAGGUAGCACUAACAUGUUAUUGUAAAUUUGGAACUAAACUGAUGUACGAUGGACUCAGAAAGAGGAGACAUUGAAGAUUUGUCCACUAUAGCUGAUUUAGAUGAAGAUAUCUUAUUGCGUGAGAUAUCAUCCAGAUAUCUCCAGGACAAAAUAUAUACGUAUGUUGGUGAUAUCCUGAUAGCUGUCAACCCGUUCAAAGAUAUUGACAUUUAUGGCCCUCAUUACAGUCAGAUGUACAAGAAUAUACCACAGAGUAGCCGGCCUUCACACAUCUACGCUGUGGCUGAUGCAGCGUACCAAGCUCUUACUGGUCACAACGGAAAAACCCCUGGUAACCAGUGUAUAAUCAUAAGUGGUGAAAGUGGUGCCGGUAAAACUGAAAGUACCAAACUUCUGAUCAAACAAAUUGUUGAAUUGUGUAAAGGUAAUACACAACUAGAGCAACAAAUUCUGAAGGUCAGUCCAUUAUUAGAAGCUUUUGGAAAUGCUCAGACAAAUCUUAAUGACAACUCAAGUAGAUUUGGGAAAUAUAUUCAGUUAAAAUUCAAUGAUGGCCAUUUGGUUGGAGGGAAAAUUUCCGAAUAUUUAUUAGAGAAAUCUCGUCUCGUUGGACAAGGAGCAGGGGAACAGAACUUUCACAUAUUCUAUUAUUUGUUUGGAUCGGACAUACACAGGAAAUAUUUAUUGAGUGCACCUAGACAUUACAAGUAUUUGAAUAGUAGCAAAUCAACAGAUUUAAAGUCUAUUCAAGAGCAGUUUGAAACUGUAACAAGUGCAAUGGAUUCAGUAGGGUUUACCGAUGAUGAACAAGAGAAUGUAUUUAGUAUUAUAGCCAGUAUUCUCCAUCUUGGCAACAUCACAUUUACUGUCCAGGAGGAUGAGAGUGUUACUGUCACUGAGAAAACCGAAGCCUUACUGAUGGCUGCAAGGUUCUUAGAAGUUGACAGUGAAGAUUUAAAAGAAUCUUUAUGUUAUACAUUUAUUCAAACUAAACGAGAAAAACUUAGAAGAAAUUAUACAAAAGAAAUGGCUGAAGAUGCAAGAGAUGCCAUGUCUAAAGCUCUAUAUGGUCGUUUAUUUGGUUGGAUUGUAAAUAAAAUUAAUUGUCUUCUGGUACCAGAGAACCAAGCAGCCAACUUAGAAAUAGGGAUUUUAGACAUAUUUGGUUUUGAAGAUUUUACAAAAGAUGGUGGUCACAACAGUUUUGAGCAGUUCUGCAUCAAUUUAGCCAAUGAGCAACUUCAAUAUUUCUUUAAUCGUCAUGUUUUUUUCUUGGAGCAAGAGGAGUACAGGAAAGAAGGAAUAGCAUGGACUGAGAUUCAAUGUGUGGACAACAAACCUUUACUGGACUUGUUUUUAGGAAAACCUAUUGGCAUAUUGUCCAUACUUGAUGAAGAAAAUAGAUUUCCUGGGGGAACAGACCAGUCAUUUGUUAAUAAACUCACACAAGUUAUGGAAGGAAAUGAAAACUUCCUCAAAUCACAACAAACCAAUAAACCAGUAUUUUCAAUCAACCAUUACGCUGGCAAUGUUGUUUACACAUGCACCAAUUGGCUUGAAAAGAACAGGGACACACUUCCAGAAGAUAUAACAACAUUACUGAGGUCAAGUUCUAACUUGCUCAUCAAGACUAUUUUUAAAGCUUUCAUAUCAAGAACUGGAAGUCUUGCUCUGCAAGGGAGAUACUCCAGGAAUCAUAAAGUAUUUCAGCAAACUCCGAUAGCUAUGGACACAACAGCUAACAAACUAACUGUUGGGACACAGUUUAAAAACUCUUUAAACAUAUUAAUGGAAAGAAUGACAGCUUCCAGUCCAAUAUUUAUUAGGUGCUUUAAACCAAAUCAUGAAAAGUUACCUGAGAGACUUGAGCCAGAAUAUUUAAGAAACCAACUCUUGUAUACUGGAAUGCUACAAACAAUAGAAAUCCGCCGGCGAGGGUUUGCAGUCCGACCUACAUUUAGCCAGUUUAUACAAAAGUACAAAAUACUAUCUGAUUAUCAGAUGAAAGAAACAGUAGAUAAUUGCAUCACAAUUCUAAAAAAAAGUUUUCUCAGUGGUUGGUGUAUAGGCGAAUCAAAAGUUUUUCUGAAGUUCAAACAUGUUGAAAAAUUGACUCAAAUGUUAGAUGAACGAAUAAAAUCAGUAGUUCACAUGCAGCGAGUUGUGCGUGGCUUUGUGCAAAGAGGAAGAUACAAGAAAAUGAAAGAAAAGAUUCUGGCAGCUAAACUAGAGCAAGAAAAAAUAGAAGCAAUGAAAGCAAACAUUUUGCAGGGAAGGUAUACAGAGUUACCUCCAAAAUCUGUAGCAACUAUUUCCAAGACAGACAAUAGGAGCGUGUUUGAGGUUGUUGAAUUACAAAAUGCUAAGUCAGAUGAAUCGCCAGAUGUUGAAUUUCUUGACGAUAUACCAGCUCCACCAACACCUCCAAAUUCAGCCAAGUUUGGACCUGCUGACUCAAAACUUUCACUAAAAGAAUGGUUUAGAAAAACCCAGAUUCAUAAUGUUAGAGACAAUCAAAAAGACAAGUUUCAAGAUUGGUUUCAUGGAAUUAUUUCCAGAAGAGAUGCAGAGAAACUGCUAGCAAAUAAACUCAUUGGAUGUUUUCUAAUUCGAGUCAGUGAAAGUCGAUUUGGUUACACAUUAUCUUUCAAGGCUGAAAACAGGUGCCGCCACUAUAUAAUAGAGCAACUCAAAAACAGAAAAUUUAUUAUCAUUGGAGAAACAAAAAUUCACCGCUCUCUUCAUGACUUAGUCUCAUUCUAUAAAAAGAAUAAGCUUUCAAAUUGGCCAAAUUGUUUGACUGUUCCAUGUGGCCAGAACUCUGGGGAAUGUGACUACUCUGAUUUGAUUGGUUCCCAGACUUAUUUUGAAAUGGAGAACACUCCUCCUCAAGUUCCUCCAAGAAGUUACACUGCAAAAAAUAAUUCCUCCAGGAUAAACAAUACAGCUAGUCAUCAACUACCAGCUACAACCAGAAAAUUGAAUUAAAUGAAACUAAUUAGUCUAUCUGUUUAUUAGAUAUUUAAUUAAACUGAACUGAUUAAUCUAUCUGUUUAUUAGAUAUUUAAUUAAACUGAACUGAUUAGCCUAUCUGUUUAUUAGAUAUUUAAUUAAACUAAACUGAUUAGUCUAUCUGUUUAUUAGAUAUUUAAUUUUGAAUCAAUGCUUAUUUCAAGAAAAAAGUUCAUCUUGGAAACAUGGAAUGUUUUAUAUGGAAUGUUUUAUCAUAUAUUGGAAAAUAAAAUGUCAAUGAAAGAGCUUUGCAGUUUAAUUGAUUGAUUUAGAAUUCACCAAAAAGUUUUUGAUUUUAAAUUUUUCUGGCCUAACUGAAAUUCUUUCAACUUUCCCAAAUCAACUGAGGUGCCUCAGAUGUUCUAUACAGACCAAUUUCUACCUGUCCAAAGUCUCAUCCACUUAAGUGUUUUGAUCUUUCCAUCACUUAUUAUCUCAUUCUAUCUCUAAUGAUAUUACAUUUUGUAAAAUGACCUUUCUUUAUAUGAGAAACCUGGCAUUACAUACAUUUAUUUUCUAUUUUGUAUGCUAUGAUAUUAAUGUUCAAUUUAUAUAUAAAGUGUUAUUUUGUUCAUAGAAACCAUUGUGAUUACUAAGAUAUGACAAUAAAAGACUUCUGUACAUUU